CUUGCAGUGAAACGCACCCACGUUCUUGGCAGUCUUAGUCUUUUAGACGAAGCCGGGAAAUACAAUGUUGACGAUCUCUCUUCCGAAGGAUUCUCGGACUCCUUCCUCGUUGACGUGUCAUCCACAUCCAAACACGCUCUUGAUAACAAGGGUUUAAUUUCUCAGAGGGCUAAGAAGAUUAAAACAACCAGUAAAGAUGAGUCAGUGGAUUUGGAAGAGAAUGGUACAGGAAUAUAUUCAGAAGACGACGAUGAAGAAGAACUUGAGGACCAUACAGUUUCCAAUGAAGAACUACCAUGUUGGUCAUCUUAUGAAAAAACGUUCCAAGAAAUUUCAGAAGACAAAAAAUGGCGUUUGUCAUCAUCACAGAGAAAUGUAGAAGAUGUUCUUCAUGCAUAUGCCUUGAAAUUGGAGAAGGAGCAAUUAGCUCAUUCCUUCAUUGUUGACACAUCAGAUGAUAAUAUUAGGGGAUUAUUUUCGGAAAUUGAAUGGAGGGAAAUUAUGAGUGUUAAUAAGAAAACUGUGCCAGCCAUCGACAGAAAACUUGGAGAACAUUUGCUAAAAUAUAAAAAGAAGACACCUUCCGCAAUGCGAAUGCACAUCAUGAAACCCUGGUUAAGCGGAACAUAUAACAGAGACGAGCAUUUUGAUUUCCAGUAC